CCGAAGUUCAAUCAGGCCCAUUUUUGAAAUUCGAACUCGCUAGCCUGAAUAGUGUCAAAACAAAAAAACUUUAAAAGACUAUAAAGGAUUUAAUAAAAAAAGUUGUUAUAACUUUUUUUUUAGUAACUUUCUGUAGUGUGGUGUAGAAUUUUGUGGACACUUUGAUUGUAAAGUUUUGCUCAAGUUUCGGGAAGCUCGCGGCUUUCAGAUAUGUGACGUAAAUACAAGAUGGCGUCGCUACACAUCGCGUGGCGGUUGCACAGCCUGGAGAGCUUACUGCUGAAGGUGGACACGAAGACCUGAGGAGCCAUGCACCGAACGCAACGCGGCUAAAAUGGAGUUCGCCUCUAUUUUACCUACUGAUGUGGCGCUAGAGGUGAACGAUACCGUAGUGGAAUACGAUGAUGCCGACGAUCCGGACGCCGUCACACUACUGUCUAUCCUGCUUGUUGGUAUAUUCCUGUCGUUGCUGAUAUUCCUAAGUGUGGCUGGCAACAUCCUGGUUUGCAUCGCGAUCUACACGGACAGGGGGUUGAGACGCAUAGGAAACCUGUUCCUAGCAUCCCUCGCCAUUGCCGAUAUGCUAGUGGCCGCGGCCGUCAUGACAUUUGCCGGGGUCAACGACCUGCUUGGAUACUGGGUUUUCGGAGAGCAGUUCUGCGACACUUGGGUAGCUUGUGACGUCAUGUGCUCAACAGCAUCAAUACUAAACCUGUGCGCCAUCUCCUUGGACAGAUAUAUACACAUCAAAGAUCCAUUAAGAUACGGCCGCUGGGUGACAAGGCGGGUGGCCAUCAUCACUAUAGCCAUGAUUUGGCUGCUAGCGGCCCUCGUUAGCUUCCUGCCUAUAUCUUUAGGCCUCCACCGCCCGGAUGAAGAGGCCUUAGCGACGCAGAGGCCCCCGAGAUACCCCACUUGCGCCCUCGUCCUGACACCGACCUACGCUGUCGUGUCCAGCUGUAUAUCAUUCAUCCUGCCCUGUAUCGUGAUGAUUAGUAUAUACUGCAGAUUGUAUUGCUACGCUCAGAAGCACGUGAAGUCGAUUCGGGCGGUCACUAGGACGGUACAAAUGCCAGACAACAGGACCAAGUCCGUUCGAACCCGGGUCCAUACGCAUGUGCACUCGUCUCCUUACCACGUGUCCGAUCAUAAGGCCGCCAUCACAGUCGGCAUCAUCAUGGGCGUGUUCUUACUGUGCUGGGUCCCAUUCUUCUCUGUCAACAUCGUCGCUGCAUUUUGUAAGACGUGUAUACCAGAUCUGGCCUUCAAAAUCUUGACCUGGCUCGGCUACUCAAACUCAGCGUUCAACCCGAUCAUCUAUUCCAUAUUCAACACUGAAUUCAGAGAGGCUUUCAAGAAAAUACUCACAACCAGAUACCCUCCUUGCUGUGGCUACCAAACAGUCAGAGCCAACACUCCCACUAGGAACGAUAAUUUUGUCACAGACUACGGAACGAAAACUUUAGUAGUCCGUAGGAGCGGUUCUUUAGGACUCUCCGGUGUCGAUCCAACUCCUAGGUCCUCUGCUGAGUCCGUACGACCUUUGAGAGAGUAUCACAUCUGACAAGAAGACGGUGGUAGCAACAAUGAGCUACUUGAUAAAAGUGACGUGGUUUGAAGUCCAAGAAUGUUGUGUGGAAGCAAUACUCCAAUAGCAAUUAUUAGUCUUAGAGACAUGCUCAUUAUAGCUGCUGCUUUAAAAAUUAUCUGACGAGCAAGGGCAGUGGUUAAUGUAGUAUUUGUAUAGUUAAUAUAUUAUAGUCAGUCUUGACGUAUGUAAUUUAUAUUUCGACGUUUUUUUUUUAUCACAACGGUCCAUUCGUACUGUGUCAUAUCAAGUGUCACAUUUUAAGCAUUUCUAUAUGUCUACAAACGAUACAUUUCAGUCAUAUCGAUCUACACUAAAUACACUUAAUAUAUCUAAUGAUGUCUUAAAGAGAUCCUCGAAUUUGUAGUUCUGUAAAUUAUAUGUAAAUGAUCGUAGUAUUAUUGAAGAAUAGUUAUAGAUACUUCUGAACGAAUUUUACGCAUGCUUAAAAAUAUCAAUACCAAAUAAAUGUAAUCGAUAUAAAUAUUUAUGUUCUAGUCAGUAAUAUUAACCUGUUCCAUUUUGAUCACGUUAAAAAUUCCUGUGAUACUUUUGUAAAUAUUUUGGUCUAACGGUAAAUAUCUAAUUGUAAAUAAUGUCGUUUAAACACUAUCAAUGGUAGAUAUAUAAAUUAAAUAAAGGAAUUAGAAUAACUAUGAACUCUGACUAUAAAUACUGAAUAUUUUAUACCAACCGUAUUCAUUUUAUUUCCUAUAUCUUAAGCUUUAAACACUAUUUUAUGACUAAAUGUUGCCCAACUAUCCUUUAAAAAUGUUUUUCUAAAAAGCAUGAACUUUGUAUUAUUCUAGUGUACUUGAUUAAAGAUGAUUUGCUUUGGCUAUCGAAGGGUUGUGAUUUUAGUACCUACGAUUAUAAUGAGUUCAAAAUAAUUUUAGUAUUAUCGUUAUUCCAAUAUUAUAUUAUAUUAUAUGAUAGAUAUCGUUAAAAUUGUUUUUCAUAUUGUGGUUUAUAGAACUAAGUUCUAUUGACCUUCCUUGCAUUUAUAGAAAAAAAACAAUGGUUUUAAUAUUAUAUCUAACACGCUUACUUUUGAAAGCCUGACUUAUUUAAAGUGAUUUAUUUGUUACUUAUUCAAUAGUAUUCUAAAAUAAUGUCUAAAUGGGAGUGUUUUUCAGAAAAAAGAUUUCUACACUUCAUCUAGUUUUACGUAUAGAUGAUCGAUUUCUCAAAACUAAAAUUAUGACGCGGCACGUCUUUUUAACUUAUAACCGGAGAUCCUGCCGCAAAAUUCUACACCCAACGUUACUGCGCAACGUUAACGCAAAUACCUUUUAAUUUAAUUUAAUGACAUCCACUGUUUUUAUAAUAAUUGCAUCCAUAUGGUUUUUAAUAAAAUUUAUUUCAUUUGAAAGGGAAUGAUGUUGAGAAAAUUAAAAAAAACAAUGGUUGCCACCUCUCAAUCAGUCGCUACCUAUCUGUUUUUUGUUAAUAUUUAUUUAAAUUUAAGUUUCAUAUGCGAUGAACAUGUUAAUCCAAGGUUGCCAGCUAAAAGGUGACCGCAAGUAUGACUUGCCUUACUAUAAAAUGAGCAUGUGAACCUCAGACCCACCAUUUAAAUAACCAAGAAUUAAUGCGACGUUGAUAUAAUUCCUUAUUUUCGCUGUCAGUUUUGCCAAUAAUUUAGGUAAAUAUAAAAAAACAGAUGGCUGUAGAUAAAUCAACAGUAAUGCACCUGUUCACGCCUGGCAACCCCAACUUUGCGACUGAUUCAGAGUUGGCAACCAGUGUUUAUUAAAUUCUCCUCAUUAUUUUCCUUUGUUAUGAUGUAAAAAUUAUCAAAAAAAGUUGAAUCAUGUAUAAAAUGUAAGUCACUAAAUUGAACCCAUGAUUAAUGCAAUGUAUACUCAUUAAUCAUUAAUUUAAAAUAGGUUUCAUCAAAAAAACAGAAGGGUGCAGAAUUCUGCGACCGGAGCCCGGUCUCGGACAUUAGGAAAUAAUUUAAUGCUUAAGACGAUGGAGCGAUGUAAAAAAACUCAAAAACACUCUCAUAAUAUACUUAUUGUGUAUCACAUGUUGACAACACGGUGUUUAAUAUUUCAAAGUUUAUUAAAUAAAAACCUUCCUUUAUUCAAAAUAGAAUACAUAGAUGCUUAACAUGAUAUACAUAUAACUAGUACUGGUACUAUACGUAUUUACCUUCCGAAUAAGGUAAAUAUUAGUUAUUUCAGCGAGUUGUGUACAGUUUCAAAGAAAUAUUCUCACUCAUUUCCGAAGGUAUGACAAAAAUUUGCUGCGGAGUAGAUUUUUACCUUUGAACAUUCUAUGUAGCAUAAAUAAAACAAAAACCAAGUUAGAUAGUGAUUUCUGUUUUAGGUUGGAAAUUCCAGAGUACUGGUUACUAUUCAAUAGUCAUGAAUAUCUUCGCUGUAUCUUAGUCAAAUAUUUGAAGAUAAUGUACAGGAAUUAAGGAUUUAACAAUGUAUUUGUUUAAAUUUAAUUUAAGAAUGUUGCUGUAAGUAAGCCUAAUGGUAGCAUUACAUGUGGAAUAAUUACCUUCUGGUGUAUAAAAACAUAUUAAAAGUAAUCAGAAAUAUUAAAUCUCUUAUACUUAGGUACGUAACAGAAUGAUGACUUGCUAAAAACUACUUUAUAAUAUCUCCAAAAUCUGAUUUCAAAAAUUUCAUACAUUCUCAUUCGGAACUGCAGUGCUAUUCUGUAAAAACAAACUCACUUUGUAUUUCGGAAUCAGCGGUGUGAUUUAAAUUAGAACACGACUUUCAAAUCGAACUAAGCGGUGAAAAUGAGAUUGUUCUACAGUACGGUAGCAGUACAGUACUGUACAGAAUAGCACUACUAGUAUUUAUUUCGUGACUAUUCAUGAACUUAGAUGUACAUUAUAUUAAAUUAUCUUAAUAGCGUUUAUAAAUGUAACAAUGUCCGUAUCAAUGUAACUGCCACAAACAUAAAUAACUGAUGCUUCAAAUAUUUACUAGCAAAAUGUGGCGCAGUGCAUAAAUCUAGCCGGGCACCUAAGAUCCAUAACUUCGAGAAACCACUACAGGGUACCCACUUUAUUACGGCAGUAUUUCUCUUCCAUGGAGUGUGUUCGAGAUGAAAUUUACACACACGACUACACCCGGGAUUCGCUCACGGGUUGUGCCGCUCAAUUAUCCAGAAUCCGUGAGGGAUUGACCAAUGGAAUUUAUCUGAAGCAAAUGAACGAUGGAUCUGUGGAGCUUUGAUGAGAUCUGAGACGCACACCCGGUAUUUGUUAAGUGAUUAAUACAGCUGAGUUUUGAAUCAUGCUUAUCUUCUUAUUACUUGUUGGCCGUCUAUUAUGUUGAUGGGUGUCCUUAGUUUAAAAUUGGACUUUUUUUUUAUCUUCCAUGCUCUUCACAUUUUGUAUCGUUGUGGCACACUUUAUACCUUGGUGGUCCCUUUGAUUUUAACUUGUUUUUAUUAUCAGAUUGUUAUUGUUUUUAAUUUUUUGUAAAUGUGUGCCAUUCAUACAAAUAAACGACUUAUCUAUCUAUCUAUCUUUUUAACCAGUAUUAAGAAACAGAAUUCAUCAAUGAGCUUACUAAUAACUGAUAUUUUUCUAAAGAUAGGAUGUAAGCCGUAUAAGGAUUUAUAAAAAUAGAAAUUGUACCUAUGUCUCGCUGAAAUAAUAGUAAUCAAAGAAUAAUAAUAUAUUUUCCUGUCACUCAAUCAAUUUAGAGCACACUUUGCUGUCGUAUUAAAUCAAAAUAAUUGUUGAUUGACUAUGAGAAUUCUACUCUUUACAAUAUUACGUAGGUUCUGCCAAUGAAUCCGUCAACGGGGUUAUCGGAAAUUGUAAUCACUGGAAAAGGCAAGCCCAAACAAAAUUUCUCUCAUCGCAAUCCAUUUUCACUUGAUUGAAUAUCAAACAAAUAUAUGUCUUUACUUACGCACUUAGAAAAUAAGACAAAAUAACAAAAUAGCUAUUUGAAAAUGAACUGUAAUGGUUUAAGGAAAAUAUAUAUUAUGUCGAAAUAAAAAUAAUUUGCCUCAUGUGUUGUAUGCAAACCAAUUUGCUUCUCGCAGUUUUGGUUUACAGUCUGCUCAUAUUUCUCAUUCUGGGAACAGGAACAAAUGAAGAUAUGUGAUUCCCAUAUACUUAUGAUUGUAAUAAACUUGUGUAGCUUCUUGACGACGGAUAUUUUCCGUAAUUUGAUACUCGGUGUCUAUUAUAAGGAUGGCUUUAGUCCCGCCAUAUCAGUUCUCCUAAGAAGCCCUGUACUAUUUUGAUGUCCCUUCAAAUCUCAAUUAGCGUGUAAGGACUUCUAUGUAUAUUAUUCGUUAUCUGACGUAGCUUUUGCAGCAAAUCCUAUUUCACUUUCUCAACGUUCUUCAAUCGGUGCAAGUGUACACGUUACUUUUUCGAAUUUGACCCGCGAACCUUAUGUAACGUUGUCUUUAGUUACGGCACUCAAUUUUAACUUAUUGAACAUAUUUAUUUACAAAGUGUAUAAAGUAGAAUUUCCACUAGUGUUAUUUAUGCUAAUUUACUUAUUACGUUAACGGAUGGGCCGUCGUAUGCAUUGAAGAAAAAUCACUGUUUACACUCGACAAAUUUACUUAUCUUGUCGAGUCCGCUGGUACUAAAAUGUCUUAACUUGUAGCAAAGUAGCUCCUGAAAAAUGCUUAAAGGCAAACAUACUUAGAUUUUCAUUACACUGAAUAUUCUGAAUAGUACCUAAAUACCUGAAUGGUAACUGAUGAAAGCAUAGACAAAGCAAGCAUGGCAAGCUUUUUCGCUAUCUUAAUAAGAAAAUUAGCCUUAUACAUUUAUUAAUGGGGAAAAGCGCUAAUGAACUUUUAUUAGUUACAUAAUUAUGUAUUUAUAAAAUGUGUAAAUUGUUAGAAGUAAUGCAGUCAGAUAAUUAUGUAGUAGGUUAUAUUAUUGACGCUGCUUUCCAAAUAAAGACAUAUUAAUAUGAUAUUAAAUUAAUUAUUAUAGAUAGUCUUAGAGCUCAAUUCUGGUUGGCAGCCUGAAACCUUAUUUAAAACUUGUAGCACGAGUUUUUUCUCAUAAAAAGAGAAUAGAAAAUAUUAAAACCUGUAUUUACAAACUUUAAACAGAUUUUAAAUGUAACAAAUACCUACACAAUAUUCACGACCUAUUAAGAUGCCAUUUGAUUUUUUUUUUAGGUUGGACAUCAGUCUAAGUAGUUUUAGUAACUGUUCAAAGAUUCAAAAUUAGUUUCUCAAUUGAUGCUAUUGAAUUUAUAAAUGGCUGGUUACACAUUUUGAACUACCUAAAAAAAACAAAAUGAUAUUUUAAAAUCAUAAUCACAUAAUGUAUUUUUUUCAGAAUUGUCAAAAUCCUCGUGCGUUAAUUUAUGCGAAUGCAAGAAAAUAACAUUAUGGGUUAACCUGAUACAGGAAUUGUGCAUGUACCUUUUACUAUUUCAGGACAUCACAAUUAUAUUAUAUCAGAUUUAUAUUUAAUAAACUGCUACAUAUUAAUUUUAAGAAACUCCUAAGUUAAUCAAUGUCUGUAUAGGAAAAAAGUUUUCUAAAUCAAUUCAAGAAAUUUGGAAGUUCUCGAAAACAUUAUUGUGACACAUUCUGUAAAAAAAAAUUACACUACUUUAAAACUACAGCUUAUAUCAGACGUAAUUGAUUAAAAUAAAAAUAUUUUUAUAUUUUACUAGUGGCCCGUCCUCGCUUCGCUUCGGUGUAGAGC